GGUCACGUGGCUUCUUGGCGUGUAUGUUUUUUUCUGUUUACAUAUGUUGGUACAAAUUUAAACGUUUAUUUUGGUCAAAUAAAGCCUAUGAAAACGUUUUUAAAGGUAUUUCUCUCGAAGAAGGUAUUUCUCUCGAAGAAGGCCUUUUCUUUUCAUAGGAUUAACGAAAGUUAAUUGGUACUUGUAACUUGUCCCAAACUGCGACGGACUUAAUUUGCUGUCGGUUGUAAUUCAUUUUACUUAAACGGUUUCAUUUUUCUGCUGUUGUUGUGCUUUCUUUGUUAUAUAAGAAAGACACUUUUGUAAUUCCUGGUUGGAAUUUUAGAAAGGGUGAAACAUUUAACCCUGAUUUGUGAUGGAAAAGUACGAGAAACUUGGAAAGAUUGGCGAAGGCUCAUAUGGUGUUGUUUUUAAAUGUCGCCAUCGUGAAACUGGACAGAUUGUUGCGAUAAAGAAAUUUGUAGAGUCAGAGGAUGAUCCAUUGAUAAAAAAGAUUGCGAUGAGAGAAGUUCGGAUGUUGAAGCAAUUGAAGCAUCCAAAUCUUGUCAAUCUAUUGGAAGUUUUUCGUCGUAAGAGAAAAUUGCACAUGGUGUUUGAGUUUUGUGAUCAUACUGUUUUAAAUGAGCUUGAUGCUAAUCCCAAGGGAGUGAAUGAUGUGAACAUUAAAAAGAUUAUCUGGCAGACAUUACGUGCUGUUCAUUAUUGUCACCAACACAAUUGUAUUCAUCGAGAUGUAAAGCCAGAAAAUAUACUUAUUACCAAAGAUGGAGUUAUAAAACUUUGUGAUUUUGGCUUUGCAAGAAUACUCACUCCUGGUGACGAAUACACCGACUAUGUUGCGACUAGAUGGUAUCGUGCACCGGAACUCUUAGUUGGUGAUACUCAAUACGGUACUCACGUAGACGUUUGGGCCAUUGGCUGUGUAUUUGCCGAGCUGCUUUGCGGGCAACCUCUUUGGCCUGGACGUUCGGAUGUUGAUCAAUUAUAUCUAAUAAAGAAAACGUUAGGUGAUCUCAUUCCUCGUCAUAUUCAAAUAUUUAGCAAUAAUCAAUUUUUCAGAGGGUUGCAAAUCCCCGAACCCAGCAAAAGGGAAACAUUGGAAGAGAAAUUUCCAUUCAUUCCACCACAAGCGAUGAAUUUUCUGAAGGGUUGUCUUGUCAUGGAGCCAGACAGCAGAUUAACAUGUGCAGAGCUUUUAGAGCAUAAAUACUUUGAUGGUUUUCGUGAGCAAUUCGAAACGGAAUUAUUGGCUUUAUUUUCAAAGAACCAGGAGCAACAUCCGACAAAAUUGAAAAAGCAGAAGAAAUAUAGCAAUCGCAGCGAGCAUCAUCAUCUUCCUCAACUUCACAUGCAUCAUUCCUCUAUCAACGAGCAACACUACACCCCUGUACCAGAUCACAAAAAUGAUAAAAAUGCGCACGAGAAAUCAAAGCAAAAGUUAAGUAAAUUGGAUCAUCUUCCCUCAAUAUAAGAUAUUGUUUUUACGAUAAAGAAUUUCUAACUACGGGGAGAAUGAUUGAUAGUUGAAUUAAGCUAAAGAAACUAGAGAAAUUAUUUAAUAUUGUCUCAAAAUGUAAAUACUUGAUCAUGUGAACGUGAAUAUGUAGUACAAACAUUGUGGAAACAAA